AUGUCAAUCUGCUGUGGGAUUCCUAUCCUUGAGUCUGUAUACUGCCUGGCCUGUGCUCGUUGGGUGUGGCUGAAAUGCCUCUACACUGCAGGCCGUGAAAGUGAAAACUGGGGUCUGGCCACUGCUGAAGAAUUUGAGCCUGUCCCUCGGUUUUGUCGCCUAAUUCUAGCACUCUAUGAGGAAGAUCUCCGUAACCCGCUUUGGGCACCCCUCGGAGGUUAUGGCAUUAAUCCUGAUUGGGUAAUCUUACGUAGAGACUACGAAGAAACCUUUGGCCAUGUUCCUCCCUACAUGGUCUAUCUUGAUCAUGAUCAUUCUGAUAUAGUCUUGGUAGUUCGGGGACUCAAUUUAGCUAAGGAAAGUGAUUAUGCAGUUAUGCUUGACAACAAACUUGGGCAGACAAAAUUUGAUGGUGGCUAUGUCCACAAUGGGCUAUUGAAGGCAGCAGAGUGGAUGUUUGAUGCAGAGUGUGAAGUUUUGAGGGAAUUGGUAAUGAAGUAUCCAAAUUAUACCCUGACCUUUACUGGCCAUUCCCUUGGGGCUGGUGUGGUGGCAUUGCUGACAUUGUUGGUACUUCAGGAUCUGAAAAAAUUGGGAAAUAUUGAGAGAAAGAAGAUUAGAUGCUAUGCUACAGCCCCCUCUAGAUGCAUGUCACUGAAUCUGGCAGUCAGAUAUGCAGAUGUUAUCAAUUCUAUUGUACUUCAGGAUGAUUUCUUACCUCGGACAACAACCGCUUUAGACAACUUAUUCAAAUCACUUUUCUGUUUGCCAUGUUUUCUUUGCAUAAUGUGCUUGAAGGAAACGUGCACGCUAGAAGAGAAUAUGCUUACAGAUCCAAGAAGAUUAUAUGCACCCGGGCGUCUCUAUCACAUUAUUGAGCGGAAGCCCUUCAGAUUUGGAAGGUUUCCGCCUGUUGUGAAAACAGCAGUGCCUGUGGAUGGGAGGUUUGAGCACAUAGUUCUUUCUUGCAAUAUUACUUCUGACCAUGCCAUAAUCUGGAUAGAGAGAGAAGCACAAAAGGCUUUUGAUUUAAUGCUCGAGGAAGACAGAACUAUGGAAGUUCCGGCAAAGCAGAGGAUGGAGCGAAGAAAGUCCCUUGUCCGUGAACAUAGCCUGGAGUACAAGGCAGCACUUCGGAGGGCAAUAGCUUUGGAUAUCCAUCAUGCCUACUCUGAUUCAGCGUAUGGAACAUUUACAUUUACUGAAACGGAAGAGGGGGAGAACUCUGGAAGAUCGAACGGGGAGACGCCUUGUGAAUCAUUAAAAAAGAGGACAGAAAGCUGGGAUGACUUUGUGGAGCGGCUUUUCGAUGUAGAUGAGUCUGGUGACAUGGUGUUCAAGAAGUAA